AUGGUUAGCUACGCAGGAAAACUUGUUUUAGCCCCUAUGGUAAGAGCUGGUGAACUUCCAACAAGAUUAUUAUCGAUUCAGCAUGGUGCUGAUCUGGUUUGGUCACCAGAGAUUAUAGAUAAAAAAUUAAUACAAUGCCAAAGAAAUAUCAAUGAUAAAUUAAAUACUAUUGAUUUUAUAAUACCUUCGAAUCCGAAUGCUGCUCAUAAUGCGAAUAAACCACCCGUUUUGGUCUUUAGAACAUAUCCAAAGAUAGAGAAGGGAAAAUUAAUAUUUCAGAUGGGUACUGCAUCACCAAAUUUAGCAGUUGAAGCUGCUUUGAAGGUAAUCCAAGACGUAGAUGGUAUUGAUGUAAAUGCGGGAUGUCCAAAACAUUUUUCUAUCCAUUCCGGAAUGGGUGCUGCGUUGUUGAAGACUCCUGAGAAACUGUGCUCUAUUCUUACAGAAUUAGUCGCAAAGGUUGGAAAACCAUAUAACAAACCUAUUAGUGUCAAGAUUAGAAUUUUAGAUAAUGAAAGCUCUACACUGGGUCUUGUUAAAAGCUUGUGCAAAACAGGAAUAGCUAAUUUGACUGUUCAUUGUAGAACCACACCUAUGAGAAACAGAGAAGCACCAAUAAGAGACUACAUUCCCGAAAUCUACAAAAUAUGUGCAUUUAAUAACGUCUCAUUAAUAAUGAAUGGUGCAAUUUCAAACAGAAAAGAAUUUGCUGAAAUACUAGAGGCGUCACAGUUUCCAAAAGAUGUUGGGGGUAUGAUUGCUGAGUCAGCAGAAUCAAAUCCUAGUGUAUUUAAUAGAGAUCCAUUAGAAUGGUACGAUGUUUGUAAAGAAUAUAUUCAGAUUACAAAUGAUUUUGAGAACCAUGUAGGAAAUACAAAGUAUAUGCUAACAAGAAUAGUACCAGGCAAAUCAAAAUUCUUCCAAUAUUUUGCAAAAUGUAAGACUUUGGAAGAAAUAAAUUAUGUAUUACAAAAAAUGGGGAAAGAUGGCUCUGUGAUCGAAGAUCCAAUGCCCUAUCUUGAUGAGUGUAGGGAAGCAGAGAAACAGGUAAAAAAAAACAGAAUAAUAAAAAGUCAUUACAAAGUCAAAAUAAUAAACGUCCACCAAGCACCCUUGAGGACCAAGAACACACAGGAAAGAAAACAAAAGUAUAAACUAUUUGAAACUUGA